AAUCGGACCAGGGCUCCGGAGUCUCCCACAGUCCCACUCCCCAACCGGGCUCUACUCAACCUCCGCGCCUUCUUGAUCCCCGCCCGCUCACCAAGCACACCGAUCCAUCCAAUCCUGGUCGCCGCUGCUGCCGGAUUCGCCCGCUAACCAACCCGCGCAAGCUCCGCCCCCUGCCGCGCCGCCAUGCUGGCCUCGGCGAGGGGGUUCUGGGCGCGGCACCGCCGGAAGAUCCUCGUCUCGCUGGGCGUCGCGGGGGCGGGCUACGCCGCCUACCGCCUCUACGACGCGCACCGCGCCCAGCUCCUGCGGGUGGAGCAGCUGCGCGCCAGGGAGGAGAAGGCCGCCGACGACCUCGUCAAGAACCAGCUACAGCAACACUUUGAGAAGGUGCAGAGCAUUUGUGACACUACCACAUUGCCUUUGGCCAUGCAUCAGCUCUGUGAAAACAUAAUGAGUCAGUUGGAUAUUUCAAAAUUGACUGCCAAGUUACGGCAAGGGAAGGCAGAAUCAAGAGCAAUGACACCAAAAGAAAAAUAUGAUACUUGGGAGGAGAUUAAAAUUAAGAGUUUCACAAAGACAGUUUCUUCAAUUUGGGCAAUGACGUUGCUCAGCUUGUACACUAGAGUUCAGGUCACCAUAUUAGGCAGGCAUCUCUACUUAGAUUUUGCCCGAGGUACACAUGGUGCACAGUUACAGGAAGAAUCUGAUACCUUUAGUGAAAAUGGACACAAGAGCUUCCUUACAACGGCUGAUUAUCUUCCCACUGGCAAAAUCAAUGCAUACAUAAUGCAUAUGCAACAUGCUGCAACAGGAGUCCUAAAAGAGAAGCAACUGAAAGACCUUAUGAGCACGGACGAAGUAUUGCAAACAAUGUUACAAAUAUUGGACUUUUUCAUGAAUCUGUGUGAAGAUAACUCAUGGAUAAAAUACCUUGUACCUGACGAUGCCAGUGUUCAAGCACAGUUGAUGGCUGUGUCCACUAGUGGCUUUGAUGAUUCAUCACUCCUAAAUGAUUUCAGAAAGCUCGAACAACUAAUGGCCGAGACACGAGUAGUACUGGCAAGUGAUGAUUUCAGAAAUAUCAUGGAGAGGUCAAUGAGGAAGAUAGCUGACAUGGUGAUAGAGGACCUGACUGCGCAGGCUGGAAUUCCAAGUCCUCCAUCAGGAUUGCCCUUAGCGACGCUCUUGCCCAGAGUUGCUCAUUUGAGCUCGCUAUUGCUUGAGGAGCCAAACAAGAACAAAUACAUUCAGAUGAUCCGAAGUAUGCCUGAAGUGGAACUCUUCUACACAUUCCUCUAUGCAAACAUGCCACCAGAAACAUGAUCUGUACAUUGAUAUGAAAUGAUCACUUCCUUCUGAACUGUGGCUCCAAUGGUCUGGCGGUAUGUGGAUGCCGAACAUUCUGCAAAUCUGGGAACCAAGAGCUCAUUUCUGCGCUGUAUAUGCUGAGAUAUUCCGCUUUUACUAACAUGAAGUAACUAAGUGGAGUUCCUUCCAUCUGGAUUCUUUCUUCAAAGUCUGGGUUGUGAGUGUCUAUUUAGGAUCCCCACCCUUUGUUUCUGCUAUUUUGCUAUAUUUUUGGAAGCUUACACGACGAUAAUUGGUGCGUAUGUUUUACUGGUCAAAUGGUUAAUGUAUACAUUUCUACUUAGUUGAGCCUUUUUGUUUGGUUACAUGUGAAUAUUUCAGCUCAGUUGAGUCUCCUUUCUCAGGCGAGCAAAGCUGUUUGAAUAAACUGGAUUUCUGGGAUAUGACUAUUAUUUGUGUUGAUGAAGUA